GAGAGAGAGAGAGGAGUUAGGUGGCGAAUCCUAACCCCAGGUCCUCUGUCUACAUUUUUUUUCAUUUACUCAGUUUGUUUGCUCUUCAAGCAAGAAGCUUUACUUACUCAGAAGAAUAAUGCUUGAGUUUCAAAGGAAGCAUAGAAUCUGGGUCGUCCUGCUCUUCAAGUUUGUAUAAGUCGGUGCUUGAAAGUUGGAGCCUUGAAGGCUGCCAUAUUUGGGCUCUCAGAGUUGGAGAUUUUGAGAGAGUAUUGUAUUUAUGGAGGAAGAUUGCUGCGCCACGCAACUCAUCUAUGGAGAUGGUAAGUUUAAUGCUGGUGGGCUCGACAGGUUCGUCAAGGAAGUGAAGCUUGCUGAGUGUGGAAUCUCCUAUGGUGUUGUAGCUAUCGUGGGUCCUCAGAGCAGCGGGAAGAGCGCUUUACAGAACCAUCUGUUCACUACUCAAUUUGCAAACAGUAGAAGGAGCCAAACUACGAACGGUAUAUGGAUAGCCAAGUGUGUUGGGAUUGAGCCUUGCACGAUUGCCAUGGAUUUGGAGGGUGCUGAUGGCAGGGAGAGAGGCCAGGAUGAUACAUUCAAGGUGCAAAGCACCCUAUUUGCUCUGGCAGUUUCAGACAUUGUGCUGAUAAAUAUCAAAGGCUAUUCAUUUUUUGCAGACGGAAUGCUUGAAAAGAAGCUGACGUGGCAGGAAGCGUACUUAAAAUGGUCUAUUUCCGAGCGAGAAAUACCUUUGCUUGAAACAUUUUUUCAGGUUGUGAUGAGCUUUGGCAUCCCCCGUAAAACAACGUUACUGUUUGUUAUACACGAUAAUGCAAAGCCCCCGUUUCAACAUUGGCACCCUGGUUUGAGGAAAUUUAUACUGAAUCUAUUAUUCAGUACAGCGCUAGAGAAGAUAUGGAAUGAAGUUCCGAAGCCCCAAGCCCAUAAAAGUACCCGCUUCAGUGAUCUCUUUAGUGAAGAAGUAGUUGUUAUGUCUAGUUAUGAAGAGAAGGAGAAGUUUAAGGAGGAGGUUGCUCAACUGAGGCAGCGGUUGUCUCCAGGUAUGUUGUUUGCUGGUUAUAGAAGGGGUCUUGUCCCUGCCUCAGGAUUUUCCUUUAGUGCACAACAGAUUUGGAAAGUAAUCAAAGAGAACAAGGACCUGGAUCUUCCUGCUCACAAGGUUAUGGUUGCCACUGUUCGGUGUGAAGAGAUUGCAAACCAGAUAUUCAAUCAAUUGACAUAUGAUACGGGUUGGUUGGCAUUGAAAGAAGCUGUCCAAACAGGUCCUGUACAAGGUUUUGGUCAAAGGCUCAGCUCCAUUCUAAGCACCUAUAUUUCUAAAUAUGACACAGAGGCCAUCUACUUUGACAGUGGUGCAUGGUACUCAAAACGACAACUUUUGGAGUCAAAAGCUUUGGAUUUCGUUUACCCUGCACACACGACCAUGUUGGGACAUGUACGUUCUAAAGCACUUGAAGAUUUCAAAGUGAGGCUGGAGCAAUCGUUAAACGAAGGAAGAGGAUUUGCUUCAUAUGUUCGUAUCUGUACUCACUCUUCCAUGCUUGAGUUUGACAAAGGAUGUGCAGAUGCUGCCUUACAACAAGCUAAUUGGGAUGCAUCAAGAGUUCGUGAAAAACUUCAACGUGAUGUAGAUGCACAUGCAUCAUACAUUUGUAGUGCAAAGUUGUUAGAAUUGAUUUUCAACUAUGAGAAACAACUGUCUAUAUCUUUAACUGGACCAGUAAAGAGUCUACUUGUAACUGGUGGAAAAGACACUUGGGCUUCAAUAAGAAAACUUCUUAAUCAUGAAACUGAAGUUGCAAUAUCAAAGUUUUCAACUGUAGUUGCUGAUUUUGAGUUGGACAAAGCAACAAUUGCUAAAAUGUUGCAACAUUUAAGGGAUUACUCAAGGUAUGUGGUGGAGAAAAAAACAAGGGAAGAGGCUACGAAAAUUAUGAUCCACAUGAAGGAUCGGUUUUCAACAGUCUUGAAUUAUGACAGUGAUACAACGCUUCGGGUUUGGACUGGUAAAGAAGACAUUACAAGUAUUACCAAGGAUGCUCGCUCUGCGUCUAUGAAGUUUUUGUCUGUCAUGGCUGCCAUCCGCUUGGAUGAGAAGCCAGAUAAUAUUGAAAAAGUUCUCUUUUCUUCUCUAAUGGAUGGAGCUGUUAUUGUUUCAUCUUCACAAGAUAGGGAAAUCGGAGCUUCUGUAGACCCUCUCGCCUCAAGCAAUUGGGAAGAGGUUUCUGCAAAGAAUACCUUAAUAACUCCAGUUCAGUGCCAGUCCUUGUGGAGGCAGUUCAAAGUAGAGACUGAGAAUAGUGUCACUCAAGCUAUUUCAUCACAUGUUAUGGCUGCUACUGGUCGAUGUGAAGGGAUAGCCAACCAGAAAUUCAGUCAGUUGAUCUUCGAUGAGGAUUGGUUGGCAUUGGAAGAAGCUGUCCAAAUUGGCCCCGUACAAGGUUUUGGUAAAAGGCUCAGCUCCAUUUUAAGCAACUAUCUUUCUAAAUAUGACACAGAGGCCACCAUCUACUUUGACGAAGGUGCAAGGAACUCAAAACGACAACUUUUGGAGUCAAAAGCGUUGGAUUUUGUUUACCCUGCAUACACGACCAUGUUGGGACAUGUACGUUCCAAAGCGCUUAAAGAUUUUAAAGUGAGGCUAGAGCAAUCAUUAAACAAAGGAAGAGGAUUUGCUACAUAUGUUUGUAUCUGUACUCACUCUUCCAUGCUUGAGUUUGACAAAGGAUGUGCAGAUGCUGCCGUAAUACAAGCUAAUUGGGAUGCUUCAAGAGUUCGCGAAAAACUUCAACGUGAUAUAGAUGCACAUGCAUCAUCCGUUUGUAGUGCAAAGUUGUCAGAAUUGAAUGUCAACUAUGAGCAACAACUGUCUGCAUCUUUAACUGGACCAGUAAAGACUCUACUUGAAAGUGGUGGAAAAGACACUUGGGCUUCAAUAAGAAAACUUCUUAAUCGUGAAACUGAAGUUGCUAUAUCAGAGUUUUCAACUGUAGUUGCCGAUUUUGAGUUGGACGAAGCAACAAUUGCCGAAAUGUUGCAACAUUUAAGGGAUUACUCAAGGAAUGUGGUGGAGAAAAAAGCAAGGGAAGAGGCUAGGAAAAUUAUGAUCCACAUGAAGGAUCGGUUUUCCACAGUCUUCAAUUAUGACAGCGAUUCAACGCUUCGGGUUUGGACUGGUAAAGAAGACAUUACAAGUAUUACCAAGGAUGCUCGCUCUGCGUCUAUGAAGCUUUUGUCCGUCAUGGCUGCCAUCCGCUUGGAUGAGAAGCCAGAUCAUAUUGAAAAAGUUCUCUUUUCCUCUCUAAUGGAUGGAGAUGUUACUGUUUCAUCUUCACAAGAUAGGGAAAUCGGAGCCUCUGUAGACCCUCUCGCCUCAAGCAAUUGGGAAGAGGUUUCUUCAAAGAAUACCUUAAUUACACCAGUGCAGUGCCAGUCCUUGUGGAGACAGUUCAUAGCGGAGAUUGAGAAUAGUGUCACUCAAGCUAUUUCAGCACAUGUUAUGGCUGCUACUGCUCGGUUUGAAGAGAUAGCCAUCCAGAAAUUCAGUCAAUUGAUCCUCGAUGAGGAUUGGUUGGCAUUGGAAGAAGCUGUCCAAAUUGGCCCCGUACAAGGUUUUGGUAAAAGGCUCAGCUCCAUUUUAAGCACCUAUCUUUCUAAAUAUGACACAGAGGCCACCAUCUACUUUGACGAAGGUGCAAGGAACUCAAAACGACAACUGUUGGAGUCAAAAGCGUUGGAUUUUGUUUACCCUGCAUACACGACCAUGUUGGGACAUGUACGUUCCAAAGCGCUUGAAGAUUUUAAAGUGAGGCUGGAGCAAUCAUUAAACAAAGCAAGAGGAUUUGCUACAUAUGUUCGUAUCUGUACUCACUCUUCCAUGCUUGAGUUUGACAAAGGAUGUGCAGAUGCUGCCGUAAUACAAGCUAAUUGGGAUGCUUCAAGAGUUCGCGAAAAACUUCAACGUGAUAUGGAUGCACAUGCAUCAUCCGUUUGUAGUGCAAAGUUGUCAGAAUUGAAUGUCAACUAUGAGCAACAACUGUCUGCAUCUUUAACUGGACCAGUAAAGACUCUACUUGAAACUGGUGGAAAAGACACUUGGGCUUCAAUAAGAAAACUUCUUAAUCGUGAAACUGAAGUUGCUAUAUCAGAGUUUUCAACUGUAGUUGCCGAUUUUGAGUUGGACGAAGCAACAAUUGCCGAAAUGUUGCAACAUUUAAGGGAUUACUCAAGGAAUGUGGUGGAGAAAAAAGCAAGGGAAGAGGCUACGAAAAUUAUGAUCCACAUGAAGGAUCGGUUUUCCACAGUCUUCAAUUAUGACAGCGAUUCAACACUUCGGGUUUGGACUGGUAAAGAAGACAUUACAAGUAUUACCAAGGAUGCUCGCUCUGCGUCUAUGAAGCUUUUGUCCGUCAUGGCUGCCAUCCGCUUGGAUGAGAAGCCAGAUCAUAUUGAAAAAGUUCUCUUUUCCUCUCUAAUGGAUGGAGCUGUUACUGUUUCAUCUUCACAAGAUAGGGAAAUCGGAGCCUCUGUAGACCCUCUCGCCUCAAGCAAUUGGGAAGAGGUUUCUUCAAAGAAUAUCUUAAUUACACCAGUGCAGUGCCAGUCCUUGUGGAGACAGUUCAUAGCGGAGACUGAGAAUAGUGUCACUCAAGCUAUUUCAGCACAUGUUAUGGCUGCUACUGCUCGGUGUGAAGAGAUAGCCAACCAGAAAUUCAGUCAGUUGAUCCUCGAUGAGGAUUGGUUGGCAUUGGAAGAAGCUGUCCAAAUUGGCCCCGUACAAGGUUUUGGUAAAAGGCUCAGCUCCAUUUUAAGCACCUAUCUUUCUAAAUAUGACAUAGAGGCCACCAUCUACUUUGACGAAGGUGCAAGGAACUCAAAACGACAACUGUUGGAGUCAAAAGCGUUGGAUUUUGUUUACCCUGCAUACACGACCAUGUUGGGACAUGUAUGUUCCAAAGCACUUGAAGAUUUUAAAGUGAGGCUGGAGCAAUCAUUAAACAAAGGAAGAGGAUUUGCUACAUAUGUUCGUAUCUGUACUCACUCUUCCAUGCUUGAGUUUGACAAAGGAUGUGCAGAUGCUGCCGUAAUACAAGCUAAUUGGGAUGCUUCAAGAGUUCGCGAAAAACUUCAACGUGAUAUGGAUGCACAUGCAUCAUCCGUUUGUAGUGCAAAGUUGUCAGAAUUGAAUGUCAACUAUGAGCAACAACUGUCUGCAUCUUUAAUUGGACCAGUAAAGACUCUACUUGAAACUGGUGGAAAAGACACUUGGGCUUCAAUAAGAAAACUUCUUAAUCGUGAAACUGAAGUUGCUAUAUCAGAGUUUUCAACUGUAGUUGCCGAUUUUGAGUUGGACGAAGCAACAAUUGCCGAAAUGUUGCAACAUUUAAGGGAUUACUCAAGGAAUGUGGUGGAGAAAAAAGCAAGGGAAGAGGCUACGAAAAUUAUGAUCCACAUGAAGGAUCGGUUUUCCACAGUCUUCAAUUAUGACAGCGAUUCAACGCUUCGGGUUUGGACUGGUAAAGAAGACAUUGCAAGUAUUACCAAGGAUGCUCGCUCUGCGUCUAUGAAGCUUUUGUCCGUCAUGGCUGCCAUCCGCUUGGAUGAGAAGCCAGAUCAUAUUGAAAAAGUUCUCUUUUCCUCUCUAAUGGAUGGAGCUGUUACUGUUUCAUCUUCACAAGAUAGGGAAAUCGGAGCCUCUGUAGACCCUCUCGCCUCAAGCAAUUGGGAAGAGGUUUCUUCAAAGAAUAUCUUAAUUACACCAGUGCAGUGCCAGUCCUUGUGGAGACAGUUCAUAGCGGAGACUGAGAAUAGUGUCACUCAAGCUAUUUCAGCACAUGUUAUGGCUGCUACUGCUCGGUGUGAAGAGAUAGCCAACCAGAAAUUCAGUCAGUUGAUCCUCGAUGAGGAUUGGUUGGCAUUGGAAGAAGCUGUCCAAAUUGGCCCCGCACAAGGUUUUGGUAAAAGGCUCAGCUCCAUUUUAAGCACCUAUCUUUCUAAAUAUGACAUAGAGGCCACCAUCUACUUUGACGAAGGUGCAAGGAACUCAAAACGACAACUGUUGGAGUCAAAAGCGUUGGAUUUUGUUUACCCUGCAUACACGACCAUGUUGGGACAUGUACAUUCCAAAGCGCUUGAAGAUUUUAAAGUGAGGCUGGAGCAAUCAUUAAACAAAGGAAGAGGAUUUGCUACAUAUGUUCGUAUCUGUACUCACUCUUCCAUGCUUGAGUUUGACAAAGGAUGUGCAGAUGCUGCUGUAAUACAAGCUAAUUGGGAUGCUUCAAGAGUUCGCGAAAAACUUCAACGUGAUAUAGAUGCACAUGCAUCAUCCGUUUGUAGUGCAAAGUUGUCAGAAUUGAAUGUCAACUAUGAGCAACAACUGUCUGCAUCUUUAACUGGACCAGUAAAGACUCUACUUGAAACUGGUGGAAAAGACACUUGGGCUUCAAUAAGAAAACUUCUUAAUCGUGAAACUGAAGUUGCUAUAUCAGAGUUUUCAACUGUAGUUGCCGAUUUUGAGUUGGACGAAGCAACAAUUGCCGAAAUGUUGCAACAUUUAAGGGAUUACUCAAGGAAUGUGGUGGAGAAAAAAGCAAGGGAAGAGGCUACGAAAAUUAUGAUCCACAUGAAGGAUCGGUUUUCCACAGUCUUCAAUUAUGACAGCGAUUCAACGCUUCGGGUUUGGACUGGUAAAGAAGACAUUGCAAGUAUUACCAAGGAUGCUCGCUCUGCGUCUAUGAAGCUUUUGUCCGUCAUGGCUGCCAUCCGCUUGGAUGAGAAGCCAGAUCAUAUUGAAAAAGUUCUCUUUUCCUCUCUAAUGGAUGGAGCUGUUACUGUUUCAUCUUCACAAGAUAGGGAAAUCGGAGCCUCUGUAGACCCUCUCGCCUCAAGCAAUUGGGAAGAGGUUUCUUCAAAGAAUAUCUUAAUUACACCAGUGCAGUGCCAGUCCUUGUGGAGACAGUUCAUAGCAGAGACUGAGAAUAGUGUCACUCAAGCUAUUUCAGCACAUGUUAUGGCUGCUACUGCUCGGUGUGAAGAGAUAGCCAACCAGAAAUUCAGUCAAUUGAUCCUCGAUGAGGAUUGGUUGGCAUUGGAAGAAGCUGUCCAAAUUGGCCCCGUACAAGGUUUUGGUAAAAGGCUCAGCUCCAUUUUAAGCACCUAUCUUUCUAAAUAUGACACAGAGGCCACCAUCUACUUUGACGAAGGUGCAAGGAACUCAAAACGACAACUGUUGGAGUCAAAAGCGUUGGAUUUUGUUUACCCUGCAUACACGACCAUGCUGGGACAUGUACAUUCUAAAGCGCUUGAAGAUUUUAAAGUGAGACUGGAACAAUCGUUAAACAAAGGAGAAGGAUUUACUUUAUCUGUUCGUACCUGUACUCAGUCUUCUAUACUUGAGUUUGACAAAGGAUGUGCAGAUGUUGCCAUACAACAAGCUAAUUGGGAUGCUUCAAGAGUUCGCGAAAAACUUCAACGUGAUAUAGAUGCACAUGCAUCAUCCAUUUGUAGUGCAAAGUUGUUAGAAUUGAAUUUCAAUUAUGAGAGACAACUGUCUGCAUCUUUAACUGGACCAGUAGAGGCUCUACUUGAAACUGGUGGAAAAGACACUUGGGGUUCAAUAAGAAAACUACUUAAUCGUGAAACUGUAGUUGCAAUAUCAAAGUUUUCAACUGCAAUUUCCGAUUUUGAGUUGGACAAAGAAACAAUUGCCAAAAUGUUGCAACAUUUAAGGGAUUACUCAAGGAAUGUGGUGGAGAAAGUUGCAAGAGAAGAGGCCACAAAAAUUAUGAUCCACAUGAAGGAUCGGUUUUUCGGAGUCUUCAAUUGUGACAGUGAUUCAAUGCCUCGGGUUUGGACUGAGAAAGAAGACAUCAGAAGUAUUACCAAGGAUGCUCGCUCUGCAGCUUUGAACCUUUUGUCAAUCAUGGCUGCCAUCCGCUUGGAUGAGAAGUCAGAUAAUAUUGAAAAAGUUCUCUUUUCUUCUCUGAUGGAUGAAACUGUUACUGUUUCAUCUUCACAAGAUAGGAGAAUAGGAGCUUCUGCAUACCUUCUUGCCUCAAACACCUGGGAAGAGGUUUCUUCAAAUGAUACCUUAAUUACUCCAGCGCAGUGCAAGUCCUUGUGGGGAGAGUUCAAAACAGAGACUGAGUUUAGUGUCACUGAAGCUAUUUUAGCACAGGAGGCUUACAAACAGAGUAACAACUGGUUGCCUCCUCCGUGGGCUACUAUGGUGAUUGUCGUUCAUGGUUUCAACCAAUUUAUGCACCUUUUAAAGUAAUUAUGGCCGUUCAUAGUACUAAGUUUGUGCAGUGUUAAUUACUUGGAAGUCCCAACUGUCUUGUCCGUCUGUCAAACAAUGUUCCUUUUCUCUUCAAAUGAAACAGUGGUCCUGUUUGUUGCA